AUGUCUCUGACAGCAAAGAUCGAGACCCCUAGCAUCACGUACGAGCAGCCGCUGGGCUUGUACAUCGAUGGCAAGUGGGUGAAGGGUGUUGAGGGCAAGACCUUUGAGACCAUCAACCCCUCGAACGAGAAGCCCAUUAUCGCCGUCCACGAGGCCGGUCCCGAGGAUGUCGACCUUGCCGUCAAGGCCGCCCGCAAGGCUUUCAAUGGCGUUUGGGCCCAGACGCUCCCCAGUGUGCGCGGCCAGAUGCUGUGCAAAUUGGCCGACCUCUUCGACGAGUACUCGGAUACCCUAGCUGCGAUUGAAGCUUUGGACAACGGCAAGGCCCUGUCCAUGGCCAAGGUCGACGUUCAGCUGUCUUCGGGCUGCUUGAGAUACUACGGUGGAUGGGCAGACAAGAUCCACGGCAAGACCAUCGACACAGACCCAGAGACAUUCAACUACACCAGACAUGAAGCCAUCGGUGUCUGCGGUCAGAUCAUCCCAUGGAACUUUCCUCUUCUCAUGUGGUCCUGGAAGAUUGGCCCUGCGAUCGCUACCGGUAACACUGUUGUCCUAAAGACUGCUGAGCAGACCCCUCUCUCUGGCCUGUUCGCCGCCACUCUCUGCGAGAAGGCCGGCAUUCCUGCCGGUGUUAUCAAUAUCCUCUCCGGCUUCGGCAAGACUGCUGGUGCCGCCAUCGCCUCCCACAUGGACAUUGACAAGGUCGCCUUCACUGGCUCGACCGUUGUCGGCCGCACCAUCCUACAAGCCGCUGCCAAGUCGAACCUGAAGAAGGUCACUCUCGAGCUGGGCGGCAAGUCGCCCAACAUUGUCUUCAACGACGCCAACAUCGAGGACGCCAUCUCGUGGGUCAACUUUGGUAUCUUCUUCAACCACGGCCAGUGCUGCUGCGCCGGCUCGCGUGUCUACGUCCAAUCGGGUGUCUAUGACAAGUUCAUCCAGGCAUUCAAGGAGCGGACGGCCAAGAACGUCGUCGGCGACCCAUUCAAGGCCGACACCUUCCAGGGUCCUCAGGUCAGCAAGCUCCAAUUCGACCGGAUCAUGAACUACAUCCAGUCCGGUAAAGAGGCUGGUGCCAAGGUUGAGACUGGUGGUGAGCGCCACGGCGAGGAGGGCUACUUCAUCCAACCCACCAUCUUCUCCAACGUCAGCGAGGACAUGAAGAUCAUGCAAGAAGAGAUCUUUGGUCCUGUCUGCGCCAUCAGCAAGUUCGAGACUGAAGAAGAGGUGAUCCGACUCGGCAACGAGACCACCUACGGCCUCGCCGCUGCCGUGCACACCACUAACCUCAACACUGCUAUCCGCGUUGCCAACGCCCUCAAGGCCGGCACCGUCUGGGUCAACAACUACAACAUGCUCAGCUACCAGGUGCCCUUCGGUGGCUUCAAGGAGUCUGGUAUUGGCCGUGAGCUCGGCAAGUAUGCUCUGUCCAACUACACUCAAGUCAAGUCUGUGAGAGUCCGACUUGGCGGUGCUCUCUUUGGUUAA